AAAAAAAAUGUUGCUAAUGUUUGAGUAAGAUUCUAUCCAAAAUCAUCAGAAAAAAAAAUGAGCCACAGGUGUUUUCACAUGGUAGAUGAUUUGUCAAUAAUGCCCCCCAUCCAUACAGACCAUGUAAUAAAUCUGCGACAGAGCUCAGACCAAGCUCUGUUAUCUCAGUAUCUAUGGAAAACUUGCAUUCGAAAAGUAACCGCAAGCUCUUCCUCCUCUCGGCAUUAGCUUCAUUUCUUGUGGUGGCUGUUAUUAUAUCAGUCGCCGUUGUACAAUCCCACAACCAUGGCGCUGCUGCCAAACGCAGCAGCAGUUACGACGCGGUGGUCAAGUCCACCUGCUCCGUCACGUUGUAUCCGGAGCUCUGCAUUUCCACCAUCAAGGCCGCGGCGGUUCCGGCUGCCAGUAUGAAGAGCAGCAGAGAUGUUCUGCUAACUGCGCUCAACUACACCAUCUACACGGUGGAGCGGAACUACUUCACCGUGAAGAAAGUUGGAUCCCGACGGAGGGGGUCGCUGACGGCGCGUGAGAAGGGCGCGCUCCACGACUGCCUGGAAGUUAUAGACGACACUCUGGAUGAGCUGCGCUACAGCGAGAUGGAGCUGAAAGAUUACGGGUUCAAGAACUAUACUUUGGCCGACCACAAGGAAAGACUGAUGACCCUCUUGAGCGCCGCGCAGACCAAUCAGGAAUCUUGUCUCGACGGAUUCUCCCAUGAGAAUGCGGAUAAGGUUGUUCGGAAAGUCCUGCUCGCCGGUCAGAAACACGUUUUCAAGCUCGUGAGUAAUGUGCUAGCUAUAAUCAAGAACUUGGCGGAUGCUGAAAUGGCCCGAUUGAAUUCGUCUCCCGCGGCGGCCGGAAGGAGGCUUGGAGAGGAGGGUUACGGUGAAUGGCCGGAUUGGUUGUCGUUCGGUGAUAGGAGGCUGCUUCAGGCAUCGACGGUGAAACCUGAUGUGACGGUGGCAGCUGAUGGGAGUGGGAAUUAUCGUACGGUUUCUGCAGCGGUGGCGGCGGCGCCGGAGAGAAGCAGUAGGAGGUAUGUGAUUAGGAUAAAAGCUGGAGUUUACAGAGAAAAUGUGGAAAUUCCGAAGAGUAAGACUAACUUAAUGUUCGUCGGAGAUGGACAAGCGACGACCAUUAUUACCGGCAGCCGGAACGUAGUUGAUGGCAGCACCACCUUCAAUUCCGCCACUGUUGCGGUUGUGGGCGACGGGUUUCUGGCGCGUGAUCUAACAUUCCAAAACUCGGCGGGGCCAUCAAAACACCAGGCGGUGGCGCUGCGCGUGAACGCCGAUCUCAGCGCGUUCCACCGUUGCGGCAUGAUUGCCUAUCAGGACACAUUAUACGUCCACUCCCUCCGCCAGUUCUACACCGGGUGCUACGUCGCCGGCACCGUAGACUUCAUAUUCGGCAACGCCGCCGCAGUACUGCAGAACUGCGACAUCCACGCCCGCCGCCCCAACCCCGGCCAGAAGAACAUGGUCACCGCCCAAGGCAGAGACGAUCCCAACCAGAACACCGGAAUUGUCAUCCAGAAGUGCAGAAUCGGCGCAACCGCCGAUCUAGUCCCCGUCCAGAGCAGCUUUCCGACGUAUCUCGGACGGCCGUGGAAGGAAUAUUCCAGGACCGUCGUUAUGCAGACUCAGAUAAGCAACGUCAUCAAUCCGGCGGGGUGGUUUGAGUGGGAUGGGAAUUUCGCGCUAAACACUUUGUUCUAUGCGGAGUAUAAGAACACCGGCGCCGGUGCUGGAACAGCGAAUAGGGUUACGUGGAAGGGGUUCAGGGUGCUGAAGAGUGAUGCGGAGGCGCAGCCUUUUACGGCGGGGAGAUUUAUUUCCGGCGGGAGUUGGCUGGCAGCUACGGGCUUUCCGUUCACUCUUGGCCUUUAAUUAAUCCACUAAUUAUUGCAGCUACUCCAAUCGAGUGUUGUUUUUACUUUUUUAACCUCUCCAAUUUGCAUUUAUCUGAAUAAUCCGGUCUUGUAAUAAACUGGCCGAUUCCGUUUUUUUUUUUU